CGACUUGGAAUUAUGACGUGCUCUGUGACGUUUUUUUUUGCUACCAGGAAACGAAUGUAAACAUAGCAAUCGGAAGAGAAACGCGAAUGCAUUCGCAUAAUUCUACAAAAAAUCUCUCGAUGCUGGGUGCUAAAUACGAUUUUGCAGCACUGGGCGAAAUGGGGUUAGCUGGAAUAUGUGAUUGCCAAUUCUAGAAAAGGUUUAACGCAGUAGCUAGGACUGAGGCAGGCUAAUCGCUCGAUAAACCGACACACAUCCACUUCGGGGUGCAGAGAAUUUGCAACAAGCUGAUGACAUGUCGGCAGACUGUUCUUCUGCCAACCAGGAAGAACCUAAUGCUGUUGUUGGAAACAUAUUGGUGCAGUUCACAUAGGUCCAGGCAUGUUUGCCAUAAGGGCACCUGAGGAGGAGUCCUCAGAGAUGGUGGAGGAGAUGGACACGUCAGAGGCUGUCUGGUGCUGGUAUUACCUAGCUGAAUGUGGAGUGUGGCACAUGUUUGAGAUUGAUCCAAGUGCUGCAUGCUCUGUGACCAGUGAGCAGAUAGAACAGAAUUACAGCAGGAAUCAACACGGUGUCAUGGAGUUUUACACCGCCAAGUACACCUACAGACUGGACUUCUCAGUCAUGAAGCAGAUCAAUGUCACAACCGGGAAACAACGGCCAAUCAAACGGGCAUUCCACUCUGCCACUGGCUUUAGGUUCAUUUGUGAUAAUCUGGCCCUGCCGGUGCCCUGCCACUGGGAGAGAAUAAAUACAGACGAGCCUUAUCAGCUCGUCUCAUUGGCCAGAGAUACUUAUGAAUUCAAGGAAGUGGUCAGACUCUAUGAAAGGACCAUGUGUCACCCUAUCAAAUCUAUUCAGAGGAUACAGAACCUGGAUCUGUGGGAGUUCUUUUGCAGGAAAAAACAACAAUUGCGCAAGAUAAAGCGAGUUGUGGACAUUGAGGAGAAAAUGUUAUUUCAUGGCACAGGCCACAGCAACGUGCAGGCUAUAUGCACAUAUAACUUUGACUGGCGGCUAACUGGGAGCCAUGGGGACGUCUAUGGCAGAGGGAGUUAUUUCGCCCGAGACGCCAAGUAUUCUAGCAAAUUCUGCCUUACGACGGGGAAACAUAACUUUGCCUUGCAGAAGCACGGACUAGCCCCGCCGAUAUUUUCAAGCGAGCCUCCAUAUAAGACCAUGUUCCUGGCCAGAGUGCUGGUCGGCGAGUCCACGUUAGGCAAUCCGCUGUUCUGCCGACCUCCAUCCAAGGACAUGAGCUACAGCAACUUCUUUGACAGCUGUGUGGACGACCUCGCCAACCCAAAGAUCUACGUCAUCUUCGACUGCAACCAGAUUUACCCAGAGUAUCUGAUUGAGUUCUACUGACGCCUAUGGGGUGAUCAGGGACGUUAUCACACAAUGUACAGGGGGUGGAUUUUUUUUUACCAGGACGGGAUUGGGAUUCAGAGACAUCAGGGGAGGGGGACGAGAGAGGAGGGACUUAAUGGACGACCAUGAUGACUUCCCACUGUUUGAUUCAAGGCCUGACUGGGACUUGGAUCAUAAGAUGUGCCUUAAUGGAUUACUAUGGCAGAACAAGGAAGACCAUACAAGAAGACUAUGUUUCUAUAAAAGCUGUAGAGUUCGUAAAGAGUGGUUUGUCUAUUUACUGUGUUUAGAGACUUGUGGGUCGGAGAGGGCGAGAGGUGGCCUAUUUGAAAAACAGAAAAGUAACUGCACACUGUUUGAGUGUUCCCGAAAUGGAUUAGCAAUGUUUCAAGGCAGGAUCACCUUGUGUUGUCGAAACGUUGCGAAUACGUUUCGGGAGCGUUCUAACAGUGUGCAGGUAUUCUUUUUUUCUUUUCCUUUGACUGUUUGGGUCCAACAUGACCAUAGUCAAGCAAAGCUGAAAAGUUCAACACACUUCUAAUGAGGAUGUAGACUGAAUAACUACUUUGGUGACCAGGAUGCAAUAACUCACUAUUACAAGUGAAGUCACCAUCAUAAAGUCAACAAAUGUUUGACUUGCCCUACUCCUGUAUACAAGGACCUGAUUUCAUAGAUAGACAUUGAAUAAGUAGGUGUAUCCAAACGUUUGACUGGUACUGUGUAUAAGGGAUAUAUUCAUUGUAACUGUACAGUAAUCUGUUCUUGUAAUAUUUUCUACAUUGUAGAAUAAUAGUGAAGACAUCAAAUCUAUGAAAUAACACAUAUGGAAUCAUGUAGUAACCAAAUAAGUGUUAAACAUGAUCAAAAUAUAUUUUAGAUUCUUCUAAGUAGCCACCCUUUGCCUUGAUGACAGCUUUGCACACUUUUGGCAUUCUCUCAACCAGCUUCAUGACGGAAUCCUUUUCCAACAGUCUUGAAGGAGUUCCCACAUGUGCUGAGCACUUGUUGGCUGAUUUUCCUUUACUCUGCGGUCCAACUCAUCUCAAACCAUCUCCAUUGGGUUGAGGUUGGGUGAUUGUGGAGGCCAGGUCACCUGAUGCUGCACUCUAUCACUCUACUUCUUGGUCAAAUAGCCCUUAUACAGUCAUUGUCCUGUUAAAAACAAAUGAUCGUCCCACUAAGCCCAAACCAGAUGGGAUGGCAUAUCGCUGCAGAAUGCUGUGGUAGCCAUGCUGGUUAAGUGUGCCUUGAAUUCUAAAUAAAUCACAGACCGUGUCACCAGGAAUGCACCAUCACACCUCCUCCUCCAUGCUUCACGGUGUGAACCACACAUGCGGAGAUCAUCCGUUCACCUACUCUGUCUCACAAAGACACAGCGGUUGUAACAAAAAUGUGGACUAAAAUUUGGACUCAUCAGACCAAUGGACAGAUUUCCACCGGUCAGCUGUCAUCGGGGCAAAGAGUGGCUACUUUGAAGAAUCUCAAUUAUAAAAUAUAUUUGGAUUUGUUUAACACUUAUUUGGUUACUGCAUCAUUCCAUAUGUGUUAUUUCAUAGUUUUGAGGUCUUCACUAUUAUUCUACAAUGUAGAAAAUGGUCAAAAUAAAGAAAAACCCUUGAAUGAGUAGAUGUAUCCAAACUUUUGACUGGUACUGUAUAUAUAACAAAUAUAGUUACCAAAGAAAUUUGAAUUCUAGGAAAACUAGAUAGAUUUCACAUAGAGUUGCUCCAAUUCUAACUGAACAGACAAUGCAAACACUGCAGUUGUACUAUCACAUCAUAUCAUGCAUGAGGCUUAUAGUCAGCUAGUCUCUGUGUACUGUACUGUUGCAGAUGCAUUUUCUAAAUGAAAGCUAGGAUAUAGGCCUAGCUAGUGUUGCUAAACUAAGAAACUGGAUGAAUUUCUUUGGGGACCAUUUGUGCAAGUCAAGUGAUUGAUUGCCUGAGUUAACUGAGGCCAAGACCUUCGGCCAAGAUGGCUUUUAAAGGCCAAUAUGUCUUAAAAUCUACUGCUUUCUCCUUCACCGCUAUUGGUACCACGAUCUGACAAUGCAGUAGGCUACCUGUAUAUGUGUACUGUAUGUAGUUGAUAUAUGCAUGAUAAGCACUCUCUUACCCCUUAAACAAUCUACCUCCCUCAUUCUGCACAUUGUACAUUGUUCAAGAAGGAAAUACCCCCAUGAAGAUUUUCUUGAGCUGAAUUCAAAUGGUCUUUCCUCUUAAUGAGAGGGUGUCAAACUAUGUCAUAAUGACAGUAUUUUCAUGUUCAUUUAAAGUCAUAAUGUUGGUCAGUACUUCAUGCCCUCUGCUUUGAUGUAUAAACUUGAUAUGGGCUUGAUUUAGGCCUACUGUUGUAAUACACUGUAAAUAAACACAAAUGUUAUAUGUGUAUGUUUA